CGGAGACGGUCUGGAGAGUCAGCGAGCGAGCUGAAGCUUCACGAUCCCGAACGCUUGUUGUGAGUGGCGCAUCGGCGGUGACCGCACGCGAAGCUUUCCUACUGGAUAAUUCCCUUUGAACCCGUGCGCUAACCAGGAAGCACGAGAAGCGCACUACUUAGAAAGUAAACAGAGGCGGGUGCCAUCAACUGUCUGGAGACUCGGGGAAGAGCCGCCUAUCAGUGGUUGCAGAGCUCAGGAAAAAAAAAAACAAGAGAAGAAGGGAAGGUUGCCAGCUGAAGAAGAAGCAAAGCCGACAAGAGUUGUUUUCCGAGUCGUGGAUGUGUGAUUCAGCCCCCGUCCACUUGUGUCUCCAAGGUGCUGGGGAUGUAACAAUGGUAGGAACUGGAGUGAAGCUGGAGGAGAUUGAAGGAGAAACAGGCAGAGUUCCAAAUCAAAUGACUGGGCAGGUUUCUCCAUGUAGAACACCCUGCUCGACACAUACACCUCAGGAAAGUUCACCUAGCAGGGAAAAGGUGAAUGUAUCUACAUCACUGAGUCCUGAAAUAUCCCAAAAGCAUCACGAGAGGCUUGAAUUCAACAGAAAUAUCCAUGAGGUCAUGCCAACCAUUGAGAAACUACUGAACAGUGACUGGAAAGAUAAACUGUUGGGAAAAGGAUCUGUUAACAGCAAGGAGCUCAAAGGAACUCCAGAAAGUCUGGCAGAGAAGGAACUCCAGCUUCUUGUGAUGAUCAACCAGCUGUCCAAUUUGAGGGAGCAGCUCCUCUGUGCUCACUCCGAACAAAGAAACAUGGCGGCCAUGUUGUUUGAGAAGCAGCAGCAGCAAAUGGAGCUGGCCAGGCAGCAGCAAGAACAGAUUGCCAAGCAGCAGCAGCAACUAAUUCAACAACAACAUAAAAUUAACCUCCUCCAACAACAAAUUCAGCAGGUGAACAUGCCCUAUGUCAUGAUACCAGCCUUCCAUCCCAAUGCUCAGCCUCUUCCCGUCCCUUCUGAUGCGCAGAUAGGGCUGCCAAUUCAGCCCAUUCCUUGUAAACCAGUAGAUUAUCCAAUCCAGAUGCUUCCCAAUCCCCACUCUGCUCCUGUGAAGAGGUCAAAUGGACCCGUCCACAUGCAGGAGGCAUCUCAACCACUUAACCUUACGUCCAAACAAAAAGGCCUGGAGCCACGGAAAUCCUCCAGCCCCCAGUGCCUGGAUGUGGGCUUCGGACAAUCAUUGGAUCUUCAAAACAGCCCUACUAGACCAAGCCUUCCACUGGGAUUUCUUGGUGAAGGAGAUGCCGUGACAAAGGCUAUUCAUGAUGCUAGACAACUGCUACGUAGCCAUGGGAUUGAUGGACGUGACAGGGACAGCUCUGAUCGAAAGGAGGAUAUAAGAGGGGAACCUCUUCGUACAAGAGAGCGGACAGAAGAUGGGCACCCCCGACAAGAAGACAACAGUAGUGACUCUGAAGCAGGUGGACUCUCGGGCAUAGGGUCAAGAGGCUUUCCGGAUUCCAGACCACCAUCUGCUGAGCAUAUCAAGCGGCCUAUGAAUGCCUUUAUGGUGUGGGCUAAAGAUGAACGACGUCGCAUUUUACAGGCCUUCCCAGACAUGCACAAUUCUAGCAUCAGCAAGAUACUAGGGUCUCGCUGGAAGGCAAUGUCAAAUCAGGAGAAGCAGCCCUAUUAUGAGGAGCAGGCACGACUGAGCAGGCAGCACCUGGAACGCUACCCUGAUUACAAGUACAAGCCCCGUCCCAAACGCACCUGCAUUGUGGAGGGCCGGCGGCUGCGGGUUGGCGAAUACAAGGCAAUGAUGAAAAACCGUCGUCAGGAAGCUCGUUCCAGCUUCAGUGGCAGCCAAUCAGAACAGCUCCAUUAUUCCGCCCCGGAAUCAGUCCAAUACCAAGGUCAGCUGUCCGUCCCCCUCAGCUCAUUGCCUAUGCAUCCAUCUAUUCUGGAGCGUUACCUUCCACGUGUCCUCGACUCGCACAACCAGAACCCAGAGGCAGUAGGAGGAGAGGCUGAUGGGAGAGGCCAAGGUAGCCAUGACCCUUCCUCAUCUAAAAGACACCCGUACAGCGAGGGCGAAGAAAGCGACAUAGAAGACCGAAGUGAAGGGGAACUUGUAGUCCUCACAGACUGAGGGGCAAGGAAAGCAGUGACGCUUGUCAAAAGAGAGACUGAGCCGAGAGGGAGGGGACUCAAGAUUUGGAUCUUGUUUUUAAAUAAGAAAGUCUUCCAAGUGUGCGUUCUUACUGGCCAUGUACAUAGACGCUUUGAGAAAUCUAGAAAGUUUUCAAGCAGCAGACUGCACAGUGGGCUUCUGAACUGGGAUCUCGAAAUUAACUUUAUGCGAAAACUGUAAUGACUAUCAAGUAAGUGGGGCUUUUGUUCAGUAAUUGCCAAAUAUAUAGAGAGAGAGAGAGAGAGAGAGAGAGAGAGAGAG